AUGCACACCAAUUUCCUCCUCACCACAUUCGCAUUCGCAACCUCAGCUCUUGCGGUUUCUGUCCCGCGCGGAGCGAGUUCCUCUAGUUUUGUUCCGGAUGUGCAGUGGAAGGUUUCGGGGUUCACGAGACCAUGUACUUCCACAAUCUGCACAUACAACUUCACUAUUAAUGUCAUCCCCAGCAGUGGUCCCAUAAUCAAUAUCCCCUGCCUCUACAACGAUUCCUCCAGCACACCCCCCGCAUCCUCCACCCCCCAAACACACUCCUAUUCCGCUCUCGCCUGCAGCAGUACUCUCGUCAAUGGAAAACCGGUCCCGAGCGCGUGGCAGGUAAAUUGGGGAUAUAAUCCUGGUGGGGAUUUUGCGGUCAUGACGAUUGUGGAUACGCUGGGAGGGAAUGAUGCGUUUUUCGGCUGGAACCAAAUAAGCAGCACCACCACCUUCGAAGACAAAGGACCCAAUACCGUUUACAAGCUUGGUACAUUUACUUAA